AUGGGAAUCUGGAGGCAAGAAGAGAAUUAUAAUCGCUGGGAAUUGACCUGCUACCUGCGGCAUGAGAAUGCAUUGGGCUGGGAGAAAUUUUUGGCGGGACACACGACAAUCGAUCAUCGAUCAUCUAGGGCGAAGGCGGCUGAGGAAGUUGGAAAUUUGGUUGGAGCAGGUCUCGGUUGGAGAGAACGGAGACGCCUUGCUACCUUUCGACAUUGUUCUGGGCAACACAGUCCGAGGUCGUUUGCAGCUUUACGCAGGCGUGGAUUGCCGGAAGAGAAUUUCGUAAACCUCAGUCUGAGCCCAUUCAUGCCAGUCGAGGUCCACGAUCCGAUGCUACAUCUACAGAUGCUACAUCGACAGCAACAUCAUCUUGCGUUGGGCGCUACCUCUCUACAUCUUGCUUGUGCCACUCACGCUAUUAGUUUUGGUGGCUGA